UGUAAUUCACCACUGGUUUGAGUUGACACAGAGGAGAGUAAUACAAGAAGGAGAUCACCUCGCCCACGGGCCACCCCGGCGAAUCCAUGGCUUCCAUAACCUCGCAAUCCUUCUUUUCUCUUUCUAAACCAAAACCCAACAGUAAUACCUUCAAAUCUUCCUUCAUCCACCCCCUCAAACCAGCCUCCUCCGCCGUCAAGAUUUUGUCGAAGCCGAAGGAUAAUAAGCGAUCUUUGUCGGUGGUGGUGGCCUCAGUGGGUAACGAACUUGACGUCAUCCCUGUGCAGAGUGACGACAGAGUUGACCAGCAAAGCGGUGUCGUCUGCAUAAAGAGGGAAACAGAGGGAACGGAUCUAGACUCGGUGGUGGGUCAGGUGGUGGGAGGAUUUGGUAAUGAGGCUUCGGGAAGGCUUUCGUUUGAGGGCGCUUCUGGAUUUUCAUCUGCUGGUUCUAGUGUAGGUGGUCCUGGGUCGGGCGAUGAUGAAGAAGUGGAUAUGCAGAGGCUUAUUGAUAGGAUUAUUAAUGCCACCAUUGUCUUGGCUGCAGGAACUUUUGCUAUCUCAAAGUUGCUCACUAUAGAUCGUGAUUAUUGGCAUGGAUGGACCCUCUAUGAAAUACUGAGAUACGCACCACAACACAACUGGAGUGCAUAUGAGGAAGCUCUUAAAGCAAACCCUGUCUUAGCAAAAAUGGUAAUAAGCGGAGUGGUGUAUUCCGUGGGGGAUUGGAUUGCACAGUGUUACGAAGGAAAACCUCUGUUUGAGUUUGACCGUGCUCGCACGUUCAGAUCUGGGUUAGUUGGCUUUACACUGCAUGGAUCCCUUUCCCAUUAUUACUAUCAGUUCUGUGAGGCUUUAUUUCCUUUUGACGAUUGGUGGGUGGUUCCUGUGAAAGUAGCAUUUGAUCAAACGGCAUGGUCUGCAGUUUGGAACAGUAUUUACUUUACAGUAUUAGGAGUUCUCCGUCUUGAAUCCCCCAUAAACAUUUUUAAUGAAUUAACAGCUACAUUCUGGCCCAUGUUAACUGCGGGUUGGAAGCUUUGGCCUUUUGCUCAUCUCAUUACCUACGGUGCGAUCCCUGUUGAACAAAGGCUUCUUUGGGUCGACUGUGUGGAGCUCAUUUGGGUGACGAUACUAUCGACUUAUUCAAACGAGAAAUCAGAAGCCCGCAUCUCUGAUGUACCUGCUGAAGCUAAUAUGGAUGCAUCAUCAAAAGUUCCGCCUGAGGUUUGAUCAAAUAUACAAACCGAGACAGGGUGAAGCGACAUAGAAUGGUUAUCCUAGCCUCGAUUGCAUGGAGAUAAUGGAGGCCAUCUGUACGUAGUUACUAAGGAUGCAAGGAGUGAUCUGAGUGUAAAUUCUGUAUUUCCUUCAUGUUUAGAUCUUUUGCUUGUCUGUUUGUGACCUGAAAAAUGUAAUUUAACUAGUCAUGCCAACAAUGUAAAGUGUUCAUAAUGUUAUAGUGGGAAUUUCCACUUGCCUUUUCUUUUU